CUUCGUUCCGCUUCGGCCUUCAUCUCCUCCCCGCAAAGGAAGCGCUCGAGUGAGCAAGACGGGAGUCGCGUCAACGUGCGGAAAGCGGAGUGCCGACAUGAAAAUUCAGGCGACUCCCAAAGUGACAGCCUGGCCGCCGGUGUCUGCCUGGCACACGAACACCGCGGUAGGCGCUUUACUGCUCGCCGUGGUGACGCUCCUGCUGAUCCGGCAACUUUUAAAACAGCGGAGACCAAGAGGCUUUCCUCCGGGGCCGUCACGUUUGCCUUUAAUUGGGAACGUCCUGUCACUCGCCUCCGAACCACACGUCUUUAUGAGGAAACAAAGUGAAAAACACGGGCAGAUAUUUAGCUUGGACCUCGGUGGCAUCUCCGCAGUGGUCAUUAAUGGCUACGAUGCGAUUAAAGAAUGUCUUGUGCAUCAAAGUGAAGCUUUUGCAGACCGACCUUCUCUACCACUUUUUGAAAAGCUGACCAAAAUGGGAGGGCUGCUGAAUUCGAAGUACGGCCGAGGGUGGAUCGAACAUCGCAAGCUGGCAGUCAGCAGCUUCCGCUGCUUUGGCUGCGGGCAGAAGUCCUUCGAGAGUAAAAUCGCAGAGGAGUGCCUGUUUUUUCUGGACGCCGUCGACGAACACAAAGGCAAAGCCUUUGACCCCAAGCUCCUGAUCACGAAUGCAGUUUCCAACAUCACCAACCUGAUCAUCUUCGGUGAGCGCUUUGCAUAUGACGACCGAGAAUUCCAGCACAUGAUUGAAAUGUUCAGCGAGAACGUCGAGUUGGCCACCAACGCCUGGGCCUUCCUCUACAACGCUUUCCCUUGGAUUAAGAUUUUGCCCUUUGGGAAACACCAGCGGUUGUUUAAGAAUGCAGCCGAGGUGUACGCGUUUUUAGUCAAAAUCAUCGAGCGCUUCUCUCAGAAUCGAGUGGCCCAGUCCCCGAGGCACUACAUUGACGCCUACCUGGAUGAGAUGUACAAAACCUCUGGUGAUCCGGAAGCUUCCUACUCGAAAGAGAACCUCAUUUUCUCGGUGGGCGAGCUGAUAAUCGCGGGGACAGAAACGACCACGAAUGCAAUCCGCUGGGGGGUGCUGUACAUGGCUCUGUAUCCCAACAUUCAAGAAAAAGUGCACAAAGAAAUUGACCGUGUUGUUGGUGGCGCUCGAUUUCCCUGUUGGGAUGACAAAGCCAGCAUGGUCUACACCGAGGCUGUGCUGCAUGAAGUCCUGCGCUUUUGUAACAUCGUUCCCCUGGGGAUUUUUCACGCCACCUCAGUGGACACCGUGGUCAGGGGUUACUCCAUUCCUAAAGGAACGACGGUAAUCACCAAUCUUUACUCAGCCCAUUUUGACGAGAAGUAUUGGGACCACCCUGAACUCUUCUACCCGGAGAGGUUUUUGGAUGGAGACGGCAACUUCAUCAAGAGGGAGGCCUUUGUCCCCUUCUCAUUAGGCAGGAGACACUGUCUCGGAGAGCAGCUGGCACGGAUGGAGAUGUUCCUCUUCUUCUCCACAUUACUCCAAAGAUUCCAUUUGGGCUUCCCGCCCGGCUCCGUCCCCAGUGUGGCCCCCCGCCUUGGAAUGACUCUGCAGCCACAGGCCUACUGCAUUUGUGCCACGCGCCGUCAGCCUGACGCGAAGUGCAGGACCGGGAAGUUUUAAAGGCCGAGGGCCUCUUGACGACGCUUCAGAAGGAUUUUAAUCUUAAACUUCACGUUGUUACGUUUCUUUCUUUUUUUUUUAUUUAAAUGAAACCUUGGAAGGAGAAAAAGGAAUUUCACUUUGUGGUUUCCUUCAGGGCGAUUGUGCGAUUCACGCCCGAGCCAAUUACUUGAGAACACGUUGUUGCAUUCCAGUUUAAGAAUUCCCGACGAUUCUCGGCAGUGUGCUGGCACUGGGACUGCCACCGGAAAAUGUGAUGAACUUCCUGGUGCCAUCUGGUCCUGGAGCUUUCCAAAGUGGGCGUUGUGACACUUUGGGGUGACUUGAGCAGAGCUGUGGAAGGAAACGUCUGAUUUGUCCUCAAUUUCCAGUUUCAAACCUGACUUCCAAUAUAAAGGAGACGAGUAAAGAUUUAGUCCAAUCAAAUCUCAUAAACGCACGUAGAGCUGAUGUUGUGUGUGUGGCACCUUGAGAGCCCCUCACCUUCUGCACACUUUGUGUUGUCAAAUUCAUUUGAACUGCAUAGAGGUGUCAUUUUUGCUCAUCAAGCCAUAGUCUUCCUCCUCUUCAUCUCCUCCCCCUUCUGUGUAUCUGUGGAACCUCCUCACCGGUCUGACCUUCUCUUGCAGAUCACCUUCUUUUACUUUAUCCAUCCAUCUCCUCUUUGGCCCACACAUUCACUGCUUCUCCCCAUCAAAUGUCCAGACCACCUCCACUUGCUUUCCAGAACUUUCUUAGAUUUCUCUCUUCCACUUUUGUUGGACCCCCGAUGGUUUCAUUUCUUAUUCUGUCCUUCUUUGUAUCUCGACACAUCCAUCUCCACCUUCUCAUUUCUGGCCCAUUCACACUGCACUCCUUUCACUGUCCAUGUCUCAGGACCUCACGUCACUCACUGCUGCUCUCACCUUGAACUCCCAUCUUAACUCUUCAGUCACACGACCCUCCUCAUCUCAUCUUCCAUUUGUUCCAUCCACACUGCCCUCUUUGGUUCAUCUCUGCAGCUCAUUCUCCACGUUGAUCUACCUGCUGAUCCCAGAUGGUUAAACUUCUCCACUCUUCUCAAUGGCUCUCUUCAGACCCUCACUUCUGGAUCCUUCAUUGCCAUUAAACCUCAGAUUGUCUCUAAUUCUUCUUCUCUGUAACCCUCUGUCUUCCAACUUCCUCU